AUGUCGACGGCUGAAGAUAGAAAGCGCAAGAAGCCCCAGGAAAAAGAACCGCAGACCAAUUCACCCAAGCGACACAAAAGUGAACCUGCCUCUGAGAUAGACCCAUCUAAAAAUCCCUAUCUCGCACAUAGGUACCCCGCGGAAGAGAGCAAGGACGAUUGGGGGCCCCUGGCUGGAUUCAAGCGACACAACACGACAGCUAAGAUGGCGAACAUUGCGGAGGAUGGCCCUUUCAAUCCGUUCAGUGGGAACCAAUUCAGCGAUCGCUACUUUAAUAUUUUGAAGGGAAGAAGAGGGCUACCUAUUCCCGCACAGAGGUAAGUUGACCCUUGUUCGUUUUUUUGUUUGUUUUCUCGCUUUGGAGGCUGCCUUUGUUAACCGAACCGCUCCUACUGCAGAGAUGAAUUUUUGAAAAUGUUUCAGAAAUCCCAGAUUAUGGUUCUAGUCGGAGAGACCGGUUCGGGAAAGACCACCCAGAUCCCCCAGUAUGUUCUAUUUGACGAUCUUCCUCACCUAAACGGCUAUAAGCAGGUAGCAUGUACCCAACCUCGUCGAGUAGCUGCCAUGUCUGUGGCAAAACGUGUCGCCGAUGAGAUGGAUGUUGAGUUGGGCCAGGAAGUUGGUUACAGUAUUCGUUUUGAGGAUAAAACCAGCUCGAGCACCAUCCUCAAGUACAUGACAGACGGUAUGCUGCUUCGGGAAGCCAUGCACGACCACCUUCUUGAGCGCUACUCCUGCAUUAUCCUUGACGAAGCACACGAGAGAACUCUAGCAACGGAUAUUCUUAUGGGGCUACUUAAGAAUGUGGCGGAAAGACGCCCAGAUUUAAAGAUUAUCAUCAUGUCUGCUACUCUUGACGCUCAGAAGUUUCAACAUUAUUUCAAUGACGCUCCAUUGUUAGCAGUUCCUGGUCGCACUCACCCCGUCGAAAUUUACUAUACUCCAGAACCUGAGCGGGACUACCUGGAGGCUGCUAUCCGCACUGUUCUCCAGAUCCACGCAACUGAACCGGAGGGUGAUAUUCUUCUGUUCCUCACAGGUGAAGAGGAGAUCGAUGACGCUUGCCGGAAGAUCAAUGCGGAGGUUGAUAUGCUUAUCAGAGAGGCAGACGUUGGACCUAUGAAGUCCUAUGCUCUUUACGGCACUCUCCCCCCCCAACAGCAGCAGAGGAUUUUCGAACCUGCCCCACCCCCAUUCAAGCCAGGUGGACCGCCCGGACGCAAGGUUGUUGUAUCGACAAAUAUCGCCGAAACUUCAUUGACCAUUGACGGAAUAGUGUACGUUGUGGACCCAGGAUUCAGCAAGCAAAAGGUCUAUAACCCACGUAUCCGCGUUGAGUCCUUGCUUGUCUCACCCAUCUCCAAGGCUUCCGCACAGCAACGCGCUGGUCGUGCUGGUAGAACUCGACCCGGUAAAUGCUUCAGACUUUACACCGAGUCCGCUUUCAAGAAGGAGCUCAUUGAUCAAACAUACCCCGAAAUCCUGCGCAGCAAUCUCGCAAAUACCGUGUUGGAGCUGAAGAAACUUGGUAUCGACGACCUGGUCCACUUCGACUUCAUGGAUCCUCCUGCACCUGAAACUAUGAUGAGAGCCUUGGAAGAGCUGAACUACCUCGCCUGCCUCGACGAUGAGGGAAACCUCACUACCCUCGGCAAACUCGCAGCGGAAUUCCCCCUGGACCCCGCUCUGGCUGUAAUGCUCAUCACCUCCCCAGAGUUCUUCUGCUCGAAUGAGAUACUCUCCCUGACCGCCCUCCUAUCAGUCCCACAACUCUUCGUCCGCCCCCUGAAUAACCGCCAACGUGCCGAUGAGAUGAAGAAGCUAUUCGCGCACGAGGACGGCGACCACCUCACAAUGCUAAACGUCUAUCACGCCUUCAAGGGGGAGGAGAACCAACCAGCUUGGUGCCGUGAGCACUUCCUCAGCUACAGAGCCCUGCAGAACGCAGAUAACGUGCGUACUCAACUACAGCGCAUAAUGGAGAGACUGGAAAUCCAACUUGUCAGCACCGACUUUUCCGAGAAGUCGUAUUACGAGAACAUCCGCAAAGCCCUGGUUUCUGGCUUCUUCAUGCAAGUUGCCAUGAAGAACGGGAAGGCGUACACCACCGUUAAAGACAAUCAGGUACACCCCCAUUCCCCCAUUCCCCCCUCCACAUUUCCGCAGUUUCUCCUGGCCACAAGCGCUAACCCGCGGCGAAUAACAGGACGUCCUGAUCCACCCCAGUACAGUCCUGGAAAAAGAAUCGCAAUGGCUCGUCUAUAACGAAUUCGUCCUCACAACAAAGAGCUUCAUCCGUACGGUCACCCACAUUCGUCCAGAGUGGCUGCUGGACAUUGCGCCGGGCUACUAUGAUGCCAAGGACUUUCCCAAAGGUCCCGUUAGGACUGAGCUGGAGAAGACAAUGGAUAGGGUUCGGAAGAGGAAUGCUUUGAAGAGGAGAUAGACUUAUUUAUAUUUGCUUUCUCUCUCUCCCCCUCUUUUUAUCCCUCCUGCAUGGUCUCUCAUUUCCGCAAAAAUGGCUCUUAUGUUCCUAUUGCUAGUAUUUCUCUUCUUCCCCUUCUUCCCCUUCCCUGUCUAUUACCGCGUGGACAUUACAUUUUGAAAUGGCAAGCGGCUAGAGUA